AUGCCACAACCAGAUCCGAACCCCGGCCCCGAUGUCGAGGAGAACUCCCUCUCGCUCGACCACGCGCACAUCCUCCUGACUUCAUUUAACUCAUUCCUCACCGUUGCCAUCCACAACAUCCUCUACUACCGCAACAUCUACCCGCCGUCCACCUUCCUCUCCACCAAAGCCUACAACCUCCCGGUGCAUCAGAACCGUCACCCCAAAGUCUGCGCCUGGAUCCGCGACGCCGUCGACGCAGUCGCAGUCCAGCUCUCCACAGGCCACGUCUCGCGCAUCGCAAUCGUCAUCCACGCUCCCAUGAAAAUCUCCCACCCCGCUCUCAACCUCAACCCCUCAGCAUCCCCAUCCUCCCCAGUGCCAACCUCCUUCAGCCCACCAUCCCAGUCUCCAUCCCAAGUAGAACCCGCAACCACAACCCCCCCGGGCGCAGUCCUCGAACGCUGGCUCAUCUCCACCCCGUCCCUGCCUGCCUGGCCAACUCCUAAAUCAUCCAGCAGUAACCCGCCCUUGGCCAAGGAAACCUACAAAGCAAUGUCUAACUUCGCCCGGGUCCUCGCGCGCGACGCCCGUUCCGAGCAGGCCCGCGAGCGCCACCUCGGCUUGGACCCGCUCAAUCCUUCCUUUGCGUGGGGCGAUCUGGACGAGCAGCUGCGCGGGGCGCUGCGGCGCAUGGCGAGUGUCGCCGAGGGCAUGGGGCCGCUACCUGUUAUGGGAAGAGAAGGCGAGACGUGUACGUUUACGGUGGCGGUGGAGUUGGAUGAGGAGGGGCGGGCGCCUAUUGGGCACCCCCAGGCUUGGAUACCGUCCGAGCCAAACUUGCAGCCCAAGGGAAAAGGGAGGGAGGUGGCGGGGCAGGAUAUUGGUGGAGCAAAGACGCGGCCAAUAAGGGCAGUCGAGGCAGGACCGUUGUUCUUCGAGUGCUGGGUCGAGGAGAGCAAGGCCAAGGAGGUGCUGAUGAGGAUGGGAGAGCAAGGGGCGACGCAGCAUUUUUAG